UAAGUCCCAUUUCUGAUGUUCCCGCUACUUCCUGGGUUCCAGUUCUACCCCACUCUCGCAACCAUCCCGUGCUGGGUUCCCUCCCCACCCAGGGAAGAGCCCCUUUCCGCACAUACCUCGAGGUUCCGGCCCGCGCCGCCCCCUUCUCCGUCCUCCGCCCGCGCUCGGCCACUCUUUCCGCCCUUCUCCCGCUCCGCCCUGCUCGCUCCCUUCCUUCCCUCCGCCUUCCGACUCCACAUUGCUCCCUUCUCCACAAUUCCCGGCCCUCCUACCAGGGGGCCCCUCUGGGUCGCCCCCACCUCUGCACGGCUCUCCCCGCUCCCCUCCCCCUUCCCGGCCUCCCCUCCCCCGCCCGCCGCUCCCCCGCUCCCCGCCCCUCGGCUCGCCAUUCUUCUUCUCGAGCCGCGUGCCCCGCCCGGCCCCAGCUCCCUAGCUUCCCGCUCCCUCGCACCCUCGUCCCCAUUCCCGGCUCGGCCCUCGCUCCCCGCGGCCUCCCGCGCUCCCUGCCCGCGGCCUGACCUGCAAUGGCGGCCGCCGAGCGCGGCGCCGCGCGGCCAACGGGCGACAACCGAACCUCCCGCCGCCGUCGCCGCCGCCGCGAGCACUGCCUGCGCACUUCCGGCCUUGCGGCGCGAGCACUUCCGGGGCAGAGCACGCGAGCGCGCGCGCAUGUGGGGCCGGGGCGGAGAGAGGCGAGCGCCGAGAGUGGCUAGCCCAUCCGCUGGGAUCCGCUGUGUGGCUUACAAUAACCAGUCAAACAGAUUGGCUGUUUCACGAACAGAUGGCACUGUGGAAAUUUAUAAUUUGUCAGCAAACUACUUUCAGGAGAAAUUUUUCCCAGGUCAUGAGUCUCGGGCUACGGAAGCUCUGUGCUGGGCAAACGGACAGCGACUGUUUAGUGCUGGACUUAAUGGAGAGAUUAUUGAGUAUGAUUUGCAGGCGUUAAACAUCAAGUAUGCUAUGGAUGCCUUUGGAGGACCCAUUUGGAGCAUGGCUGCCAGCCCCAGUGGCUCUCAACUUUUGGUUGGCUGCGAAGAUGGAUCUGUGAAACUAUUUCAGAUCACCCCAGACAAAAUCCAGUUUGAAAGAAAUUUUGAUCGUCAGAAAAGUCGAAUCCUGAGCCUCAGCUGGCAUCCCGCUGGUACCCACAUUGCAGCUGGCUCCAUAGACUACAUUAGUGUGUUUGAUGUCAAAUCAGGGAGCGCUAUUCAUAAGAUGCUUGUGGAUAGGCAGUACAUGGGUGUGUCUAAGCGGAAGUGUAUCGUAUGGGGCGUGGCCUUCCUGUCCGAUGGCACCGUCAUAAGCGCGGACUCUGCCGGGAAGGUGCAGUUCUGGGACUCAGCUACCGGGACGCUUGUGAAGAAUCAUCUCAUCGCAGAUGCUGACGUGCAGUCCAUUGCCGUAUCUGAUCAAGAAGACAGUUUCGUGGUGGGCACAGCCGAGGGGACAGUGUUCCAUUUUCAGCUGGUCUCUGUGACUUCCAACAGCAGUGAGAAGCAGUGGGUGCGGACAAAGCCAUUUCAGCAUCACACUCACGACGUGCGAGCCGUGGCCCACAGCCCCAUAGCACUGAUAUCUGGAGGCACAGACACCCACUUAGUCAUUCGUCCUCUCAUGGAGAAGGUGGAGGUAAAGAAUUAUGAUGCUGCUCUCCGAAAAAUCACUUUUCCCCAUCGACGUCUCGUUUCCUGUGCAAAAAAGAAGCAGCUUCUCCUCUUCCAGUUUGCUCAUCACUUGGAACUUUGGCGACUGGGAUCCACAGUUGCAACAGGAAAGAAUGGGGAUACCCUUCCACUCUCUAAAAAUGCAGAUCACUUACUUCACCUCAAGACAAAGGGUCCUGAGAACAUUAUCUGCAGCUGUAUCUCCCCAUGUGGAAGUUGGAUAGCCUAUUCUACAGCUUCUCGGUUUUUUCUCUAUCGUUUGAAUUAUGAACAUGACAACAUAAACCUCCAAAGGGUUUCCAAAAUGCCAGCGUUCCUUCGCUCUGCCCUUCAGAUUUUGUUUUCUGAGGACUCAGCGAAGCUCUUUGUGGCAUCAAAUCAAGGGUCUCUGCAUGUCAUUCGGCUGCUGGAGGGAAGCUUCAAGCACCUGCAUACUUUUCAGCCUCAGUCAGGGACAGUGGAGUCCAUGUGUCUUUUGGCAGUCAGUCCAGAUGGAAAUUGGCUAGCUGCAUCAGGUACCAGUGCUGGAGUCCAUGUGUACAACGUGAAACAACUAAAGCUUCACUGCACAGUGCCUGCUUACAAUUUCCCUGUGACUGCUCUGGCCAUCGCCCCCAAUACCAACAACCUUGUCAUUGCUCAUUCUGACCAGCAGGUAUUUGAGUACAGCAUUCCAGACAAACAGUAUACACAAUGGAGCCGGACCAUCCAGAAGCAGGGGUUUCAUCAUCUUUGGCUCCAAAGGGAUACUCCCAUCACACAUAUCAGUUUUCAUCCCAAGAGACCAAUGCACAUCCUUCUCCAUGAUGCGUACAUGUUCUGCAUCAUCGACAAGUCGUUGCCUCUUCCAAAUGACAAAACCUUACUCUACAAUCCACUGCCUCCCACAAAUGAAUCAGAUAUCAUCAGGAGGCGCACAGCUCAUGCCUUUAAAAUUUCUAAGAAAUAUAAGCCUCUACUCUUCAUGGAUCUUUUGGAUGAAAGAACACUAGUGGCAGUAGAACGGCCUCUGGAUGACAUCAUUGCUCAGCUGCCACCACCCAUCAAAAAGAAGAAAUUUGGGACCUAAAACAGGGCACUGUCUUGUGUUCUUUCUUGAAUUGUCUAACCUGUUUUCACAAAUCAUGAUAAUAAAACAAAGUUAUUCUUA